AUUUGCUCCAGGGUUGCUGCAGAUUCUGCAGCAGUCUGAUAGUUAGGAUAUUAGCAGAGUUUGUAGCCAGUUCAGCAAAGUCUUUGCUGCUUGCAGCUUGCAAAUGUAUCAGUUUGUUCUGGAGACCGCCCCUUUUACUGGGGAAAGAAGGCUCCAUUUUGAGAAGCCUUUUUCUGCCUUCUAGACUGAAGAAGAAACAACGUAGGUGUGCUUGUGUGGCCAAGCCAGGCCAACUCUGUAAAGGCCAUCGAAGUAAACCCCGCAAACAGGAAGUCCAAACAUCAAACAGGAAGUACUUCUUGCAACUUCCUGGAAACUAUCCUCAACGAGGUAGACAGGAAAAGAGGAAAAAUGCCGCCCUCUUUGACCAAAACCAAGGAGGAAAUAGAGCUCGGUCCGGAAGUGGGUGCAACGAGAAGCUGUUUGCGAUUGGUAUCCAGGGGAUGAGCGUCACAAAGUUGCCUUGCCGGAAGUCUCCAAGGGCGCGGAAUAUUAUAGGUCAUGUAUAUCAUGUAGUUUCAGCAGCUGGAUUGGAUGGAAAGAACCUCCGGAAGUUUCAUCCAGUUUCUAGAACUCUAAGAAAUGAUGUACCCUUGCAUCAGUCUUCGGUUGUAACUGAUAUGAACAGAAAUGUUUCAAGGCCUGGUCAUAGUAAUUUACAGGAUCUGUUUGCAAAUACUGCUACAUCUUCAUUUGUUAAAGAUACUGAGCGUAAAAAGGCUGCGUCUGGAAGAUUAAUUCUACCAAAGCUGUUUGGUCAAGUGGAAAUGAUUGAUGCCUCUGUUAUAAAGGAGAAUCCAACUACACCGAUAACUUCUAACAUUAUAAAAGAUAAUCCAACCACUCCUACCAUUUAUAGCCUUCAGAGUAAUUACUGUCCUACUGAUAUAUCACCUUUAUCAAAUGAACCUGUCAUGAUUGGCUCAGAAACAAGCAAUACCAGCUAUGUACUUAUGAAUGCAAACAGACUUCCUCUUGCUCCAAAGUCUCAAGUACUUCCUUCUAAACAUCCUUUUCAAAUACCAGCUUGUGAAGAAGUUAAAUCUGUUCCAGCUUCGUUAUUGCUACCUUCGAUUCAACAAAAUACUUUGGUUACAUCAAUCUCAAAUACUUCUGAGGCUUGUGAAGUCAAGAAAGCACGUACAGUUAUUUAUGUGUCACCAGUAAAUACAGUGAAAACAGCUGCUUUUAAGCCAUUGCAAAAUGCCGGCCCAAAACCUACAACAAAAGUACCAGAAUCUUUACCAUUAACAGUGCCACAGAUAACAGUCAGUGGCCAUGCCCUACUUGGGGAAGCAUUUGAUAGUAAGGAGAAGGAAGAAUCUCCUAUAAAAUGGGUUGUCCAAGGAAGCCCUCAGUCCUCAGCUUCUUCUUGCCUUGUUCCUGAAAUGUCACCAGAUAACAUGGCAUCACAGAUUUUAAAGACAUUGGCUAAUAUAAAGACCACAGACACCAAUUCUGCCUGUAUUGUGCCUGCCAUUUCUAACAACCCGAGUGUAAGUCAAGCAGAAUUUACUAUGAAGGAUGACCCGGUGGUGAUGUUCAAUAAAAAGAUGUAUUUACUUACCAAAAAAGAGUCCAGUGUUACAGUAGAAAAUAAACACAGCAAGGUGAUAUUGCCCAGUGAUAAGAUACACCUUGGAAAACACCAGUCACAUUUAACUGCUUCUCCUGCAGAGAAGACAAUAACUAAUCAAGUUGUCGAACUAGUGUUGGCAAAGCACAAAGUUGUUGCAGCAUGUAAUCCAAAAGACCCCAAAAUCUGUGAGAUUAUACAACUUCCUCUGCCAUCAGAACUGAACAAGAGUUUAAAAGUUGCAUACACUUGCUCAGCAUCACCACACAGAAAUCUGAAAAUAAAUAACACCAGUCAACACGAAGCAACACCUGUACUUGGAAGCAUGCCACUUCAAAUGACUGUGGAUCAAAAACCAGUCCCAAGAAAAAAUACAAGCCAAAACCUCACACAGAACAUUAUUUCUCAAAGACCAGCUGCUUCUACUUUAUUUCCAUCAACAAUGCCUGGUGCUUUUAACGAGGAAGAAGAAAAGAUUGAGAUUACACCAGAAAUUCAGAUCAAACACAGGAAAGUUCAAGAUAGACAACAGUAUCUUCAACUGAGGAAGAAAAAUUGUCUUUUUAAAGUGGAAAGAGUCUGUCUGCAGAGAAUUCCUAAAUCAAUUACUUCUGCUGGGCUAGAAACAACAGUGAGUUAUAGCACUGUACAAACAAGUGAUUCCAGUGAUUUUUCACAGAAAACAUCUAUUGAAUCUCAACUGCAAGAAGAAGAAAAGGUAAUUGAGGAACCAGAAGAGCUAAAUAUGAAGAGGAAGAUAAAAACACCCCCCAUCUGUGAACUUGCCAAGAGAAAAAAGACUAUGGUAAAUCUGGGUGUGGACCAAAAUGACUCAUUCUCAGCAGUGGAUAAUCCAAAUAGUUUUCAACCACCAGAAUCACCACAAUAUAACUCUCAAGCUUCUCUACAGUUCUCUCAGGAGGUGGACCUUGAUGCAAAUCCUUGUACUGAGAUAAUUGAAGAAGUCAGCACGUUGAGCUGUGCUUCAGACUGCUGCGAAAAUGAACCCUCUCACAGUGAAGCUUCAUUCAGAGAAGAUAUUUUUCCAUUCAGCCCUCCAGACUUAGAGGACACAAUAAGAGACGAAAAAAUAUCAAGGCUUAAACGUUUGCUGAGGGAACAAGAGGCAGCAUUAGAAGAGAUUAGUAAAAAUAUGCAGACUUAACAAAUGUAGUUCUUUUUUUUCUUUUUUUCUUUUUCUUUUUUUGCUUUUGUGACUCACAAAAAAACCAAAUUAACUUUGUUUUUUAAAGUUAGGCACAGAAAUAAAAAGUAAAUCAUCAGGUACCCUGAUGUUCACUUGGUAUUGAGUGCAAGCAUAAAUAUAUAGGCUGGCAUUCUACACAGGCAACUUAAAUGAAUAUACUCUAGUAAAGUAGUGUGUGUCCCCAAACCUGUGUAGGCAUGCAGCAGCCACAUGGAGAAAAGGGAGUCUUCUGCUGGCUGUCAGGGCAUGGGCAGAGGAUGUUCCCAAACUUUUCUUGCCAGCCAGCAAUGUUGUGACCAGAAAUGGUAUUUGUUGCACUUCUUCAUUGCAUUCUCGUGGGCUGGAAGGAGGGAGGUGGAAGCAGCAUCUGCUCCUUCUCAAACUGCCAGCAGAAUAGGGCUCUUGUCUCAAUGUGCUUGCUGCCCAGUAGACCAAAAUUACAGUUACGGCAGUAGGACCAGAAUCGUGAAUAUGGACCGAGGAAGGAUAUGCAACACCAGGUUAUGCAUCCGUAAGUCCGAUGCUGACUUUCAGUGCCAACAAGUAUGCAAAUCUAAAAUGUUAUUUUGUAGAAUAUUGUUUGGAGAAAAUAACAUUCAAUUGGUUUGAUCUAUCGUAUCAUUUAAAAAAGUAAAUACAGUUUGUUUUUUGUUAAUAAUUACAUGUAAGAGCCUUAUCCUUAGAAAAUAAAUGGCAUCUUUCAAUUGUA